AUGAGUUCCUUGAAGAAAACGCAUCCUCAUAGGUUCAAGGUUCGGAUUGAGGGAGGUUUCAAUGAAGAAUAUGGUGUUGUGGGGGGAAAGGAAGAAGAAAACAAGUGGCCUUCAUGGCUGCAACCACUUCUCAAGACAAGCUUUUUUGUUCAAUGCAAAGUCCACGCAGAUUCCCACAAGAGUGAAUGCAAUAUGUAUUGCUUGGACUGUGUGAAUGGAGCUCUUUGCUCUGCAUGUCUUGCUUCCCACAAAGAACACAGAACUAUUCAGAUAAGGAGGUCUUCAUACCAUGAUGUGAUAAGGGUGUCCGAGAUACAGAAAUUCCUGGACAUAACAGGAGUCCAAACUUACAUCAUUAACAGUGCCAAGAUUGUGUUCUUGAAUGAAAGGCCCCAACCUAGGCCUGGAAAAGGGGUCACCAAUACUUGCCAAGUCUGUGACCGCAGCCUCCUUGAUUCCUUCAGUUUCUGCUCUCUUGGGUGUAAGAUUGUUGGAACCUCCAAGAAGUUCCUGAAGAAGAAAAUGUUAGGUGAGACAGAUGGAUCGGAUGGUGAAGAAUCAGUGAAUGGCACAAGCAAUGCAAGUGGUAGAACCAAAAUCCAUAGCUUUACACCUUCAACACCACCACCAACAGUGGCUAAUCACAGAACUGCCAAGAGAAGGAAAGGAAUUCCACAUAGAGCUCCAAUGGGUGGAGGGCUCAUCAUAGAAUACAAUGUUGUAUAG